AUGCUAGGAGAUCACACAGGAUCAAACCUGUACUCAACUUCCUGUUUUCUCUCCUUCUUCAGGGCCGCCACCUCCACCGAUGUGGUGGUGUCCAUCUGUGUCAUCUUUGCCAUGUCCUUCAUCCCAGCAAGCUUCGUCCUCUUCCUCAUCCAGGAGCGUGUCAGCAAGGCCAAGCACUUGCAGUUUGUCAGUGGCGUCAACCCGACCGUCUACUGGGUCGCCAACUUCGCCUGGGAUAUUGUAAGCUAUCUUCAUUACAGAAUUUAAUAGUACAGAAUUCAACUUUAUUGUCCAAUAGGAAUCGAAAAUGUGUCUUUUUGCUGUCUUAUGUAAUUCCCAACCCUCCGGACACCACACACAGCCACGGAGAAGGGCCCCUGGAACACAUUAGGUGUUAAGUAUCUUGCUCAAGGGCAAAACGGUAGUUGCCUGACUCUGCUCUAUGUUCACUACAUACUUCAGUCUGAGACUGCCAUCAUUGAAGUCGUUUGUGGCGACAUCAAAAUGAGGGGUGUUGUACAAAGUAAUCAGUGAUUGGAUCAUUUCUAACCAAUCAGAGUAUCAAAGCCAAUGACGCAUUUUCAAAACGCUGCUUUACCCACGUGUGUUCUGGCUCUGGCCCAACCCAUCAGUUUCUGAGACCAAUCAGUACGGUUAGAAUGUGUUUGCAUUCUAGAAAUCGUCAGAUCCUCACUCACUGCAGAGAAGAAACAAACGUCCGUGGGCGUGGCGUAGAGUUUUGCCGGAACAGUUUGGGUAGCAAGGCAACAAUGGCAGUAGUUGGCACCUGAGAUUCUGAUGCCAGCAAACCUCCGGUUUCUCCGCCAUCUCACCCCUAAUUGGUGUCCAAACCAGGGGGUACGCAAUGGCAUUCUACCGUCCACCAUGAGUAUCGAAACCCCAACCAAAUUAACUCUGGAUGUUGUAAUUGGUCGAGUGAUGAUUUUAAAUUAAAUUCAGAGGGAUAGGAAUAUGGUCACAAGUGAGACGUGUCGAAUAACCCACUAGCCUUUCCAUCAGUGCCACAUGAUGUGUCUUAGAUUGCUGUUACAGUGUCCAUAUUAUGACAGUCUGUCUCAGCACAUUAUUCAACACUAAGUAGAUUUGGAUAAGGAUACAUCGGAGUAGAUCAUCCAAAGGCUGUAUUGAACGAAUACUCAUCAGCGGCAUUAAUGGCAAAUGUACCUGUGAUUGCAAUGGCUGCUUGGAAGCCCAUGUCUGAGUAACUGUUAUUGGCUAGUGUUAAAUUAUUGAUACCAGCUGUUCCCAUUUGUUAUGCUCAACAAGCUUAGCAGUGGCAAACAGUGAUGCAAAGUGGUACAACAUGGGCACUUUCCCUCAGGCUUAAUAGCGGUAAACCGUCUAUCAGGUAACUCAGCACUAUUGGCCGUUAUGCUGGAGGAAUGAUUACAAAGUGAAAGACAAAUGUUAUUAUGCAGACAGUCGAAAGGUUUUAGCCAGGAGCAGUUACAAUUUGCAUAUAGUUCCCCAACAAUUGUAAUAUUUUACAACAGCAUUAUUAUUUUUUUAUGGAAUGCGGUCAAAAAGCUCUGUUAGAUGGUGAGCUUAAGCAUUUUCGCUCUCCCUGAAUGCUUCCCAAUGGUAUGUGUGACUAUGGUUCUCAUUUAAAUUACAGUGCCCUCCGUUAUUGGGACAGUGAAGCAUUCUUUCUUCUUUUGGCUGUAUACUUCAAAGGUUUUGAAUGUAGAUGCUGCCAUGAUUACAAAUAUUAUACCCCCCAAAAAAUGCUAACCUCCCCUGUUAUUGUAAAGGUGAGAGGUUAGCAUGUCUUGGGGGUAUGAUAUAUGUGUGUCUGUAGCUUUAUCACUUAUCAUUAUUCACGAUUCAUUCAGGAUUAUCUGUAAUCAUGGUAGCAUCCACAUUCAAAACCUUUGAAGUAUACAGCCAAAAGAAGAAAAAAUGCUUCACUGUCCCAAUAAUUACGGAUGGCAUUACGGAGAACUAUAGUCACACAUAGCACUGGGAAGCAUUCAGGGAGUUCACCAUCUGACAGAGCUUUUGGACCGCAUUCCAUACCAUUCCUUAAAAUAAAUUAGGCACAGAGGGAGAAAUGUGGAGGAGAAGUUUGAAAAUCAUAUGUUCUUUUUUAUAUAUAUGUAUUUUUUUUCCCACAUCGAUUCCUCAUUCCUAUUGCUGUAUUUAGCGAUUCGUUAGGCAAUAUCAUGAUAGUAAAACUAGUUUUUUAGAAUAUAAAUAUUUUUGUAUACUACAUUUUGGUACAUUGUGAGAUGGUUUUCAUUAGAUUUGUUCAGUCAGGCCAGCCUCAGUCCCGUCUCCUCAUAUGAAGGGGAAUAGAUUGCUCUCUUGCAAAUGAGCAAAUGAAAGAGGGUAGCUGGGAAAGCUAAUUAAAACCUAAUCUAUAGAAUUCCCAUUUACUGGAGUUCAACAUCUUUUCUUUCUUUCAGAGAGUGUAACUACAUAGUCUAAUAAGGGGUUAUACAUGUUUUAUUACAGUGUAACUACAUGGUCUAAUAAGGGGUUAUACAUGUUUUAUUACAGUGUAACUACAUAGUCUAAUAAGGGGUUAUACAUGCUUUAUUACAGUGUAACUACAUGGUCUAAUAAGGGGUUAUACAUGUUUUAUUACAGUGUAACUACAUAGUCUAAUAAGGGGUUAUACAUGCUUUAUUACAGUGUAACUACAUAGUCUAAUAACGGGUUAUACAUGCUUUAUUACAGUGUAACUUCAUAUUCUAAAAAGGAGUUAUACAUGUUUUAUUACAGUGUAACUACAUAGUCUAAUAAGGGGUUAUACAUGCUUUAUUACAGUGUAACUACAUAGUCUAAUAAGGGGUUAUGUGUGCUUUAUUACAGUGUAACUACAUAGUCUAAUAAGGUGUUAUACAUGCUUUAUUACAGUGUAACUAUAUAGUCUAAGGGGUUAUACAUGCUUUAUUACAGUGUAACUACAUAGUCUAAUAAGGGGUUGUGUGUGCUUUAUUACAGUGUAACUAAAUAGUCUAAAAGGGAGUUAUACAUGCUUUAUUACAGUGUAACUACAUAGUCUAAAAAGGUGUUAUACAUGCUUUAUUACAGUUUAACUACAUAGUCUAAUAAGGGGUUAUACAUGUUUAAUAAAGUGUAACUACAUAGUCUAAGGGGUUAUGUGUGCUUUAUUAAAGUGUAACUACAUAGUCUAAUAAGGUGUUAUACAUGCUUUAUUACAGUGUAAUUACAUAGUCUAAUAAGGGGUUAUACAUGUUUAAUACAGUGUAACUACAUAUUCUAAUAAGGGGUUAUGUGUGCUUUAUUACAGUGUAACUACAUAGUCUAAUAAUGGUUAUGCAUGAUUUAUUAGAGUGUAACUACAUAGUCUAAAAAGUAGUUAUAAAUGUUUAAUACAGUUUAACUACAUCGUCUAAUAAGGGGUUAUGUGUGCUUUAUUACAAUGUAACUACAUAGUCUAAUAAGGGGUUAAACAUGUUUUAUUACAGUGUAAAUACAUAGUCUAAUAAGGGGUUAUGUUUGCUUUAUUACAGUGUAACUAUAGAAUCUAAUAAGGGGUUAUGCAUGCUUUAUUACAGAGUAACUACAUAUUCUAAUAAGGGGUUAUUCAUAUUUUAUUACAGUGUAAUUACGUAGUCUAAUAAGGGGUAAUACAUGCUUUAUUACAGAGUAACUACAUAGUCUAAUAAGGGGUUAUACAUGCUUUAUUACAGUGUAACUACAUAGUCUAAAAAGGUGUUAUACAUGCUUUAUUACAGUGUAACUACAUAGUCUAAUAAGGGGUUAUACAUGUUUAAUACAGUGUAACUACAUAGUCUAAUAAGGGGUUAUACAUGUUUUAUUAGAGUGUAAAUACAUGGUCUAAUAAGAGGUUAUACAUGUGUUAUUACAGCGUAACUACAUGGUCUAAUAAGGGGUUAUACAUGUUUAAUACAGUGUAACUACAUAUUCUAAUAAGGGGUUAUGUGUGCUUUAUUACAGUGUAACUACAUGGUCUAAUAAGGGGUCAUACAUGUUUUAUUACAGUGUAACUACAUAGUCUAAUAAGGAGUUAUACAUGUUUAAUACAGUGUAACUACAUAGUCUAAUAAGGGGUUAUGUGUGCUUUAUUACAAUGUAACUACAUAGUCUAAUAAGGGGUUAUACAUGUUUUAUUACAGCGUAACUACAAAGUCUAAGGGGUUAUACAUGUUUUAUUACAGUGUAACUACAUGGUCUAAUAAUGGGUUAUACAUGUUAUAUUACAGUGUAACUACAUGGUCUAAUCAAAUCAAAUCAAAUCAAAUCAAAUUUUAUUGGUCACAUGCGCCGAAUACAACAGGUGCAGACAUUACAGUGAAAUGCUUACUUACAGCCCUUAACCAACAGUGCAUUUAUUUUAAACAAAAAAGUAAGAAUAAAACAACAACAAAAAAGUGUUGAGAAAAAAAGAGCAGAAGUAAAAAUAAAGUGACAGUAGGGAGGCUAUAUAUACAAUAGAAUAAAGUGACAGUAGGGAGGCUAUAUAUACAGGGGGGUACCGUUGCAUAGUCAAUGUGCGGGGGCACCGGCUAGUUGAGGUAGUUGAGGUAAUAUGUACAUGUGGGUAGAGUUAAAGUGACUAUGCAUAAAUACUUAACAGAGUAGCAGCAGCGUAAAAAGUAUGGGGUGGGGGGGCAGUGCAAAUAGUCCGGGUAGCCAUGAUUAGCUGUUCAGGAGUCUUAUGGCUUGGGGGUAGAAGCUGUUGAGAAGUCUUUUGGACCUAGACUUGGCACUCCGGUACCGCUUGCCGUGCGGUAGCAGAGAGAACAGUCUAUGACUAGGGUGACUGGAGUCUUUGACAAUUUUGAGGGCCUUCCUCUGACACCGCCUGGUAUAGAGGUCCUGGAUGGCAGGGAGCUUUGCCCCUGUGAUGUACUGGGCCGUACGCACUACCCUCUGUAGUGCCUUGCGGUCAGAGGCCAAGCAGUUGCCAUACCAGGCGGUGAUGCAACCAGUCAGGAUGCUCUCGAUGGUGCAGCUGUAGAAUUUUUUGAGGAUCUGAGGACCCAUGCCAAAUCUUUUUAGUCUCCUGAGGGGGAAUAGGCUUUGGGUUAUACAUGUUAUAUUACAGUGUAACUACAUGGUCUAAUAAUGGGUUAUACAUGUUUUAUUACAGUUUAAUUACGUAGUAUAAUAAGUGGUUAUACAUGUUUUAUUGCAGUGUAACUACAUGGUCUAAUAUGGGGUUAUACAUGCUUUAUUACAGUGUAACUACAUAGUGUAAUAAGGAGUUAUACAUGUUUUAUUAUAGAGUAACUACAUAGUCUAAUAAGGGGUUAUGUUUAUUUUACAGUGUAACUAUAUGGUCUAAUAAGGGGUUAUACAUGUUUUAUUACAGCGUAACUACAUGGUCUAAUAAGGGGUUAUACAAGUUUUAUUACAGUGUAACUACAUGGUCUAAUGAGGGUUAUACAUGUUUUAUUACAGUUUAAUUACGUAGUAUAAUAAGUGGUUAGACAUGUUUUAUUGCAGUGUAACUACAUGGUCUAAUAAGGGGUUAUGUGUGCUUUAUUACAGUGUAACUAUAUAGUCUAAUAAGGAGUUAUACAUGCAUCAUUACAGUGUAACUACAUAGUCUAAUAAGGGGUUAUACAUGUUUUAUUACAGUGUAACUAAGUAGUCUAAUAAGGGAUUAUACAUGUUUUUUUUACAGCGUAACUACAUGGUCUAAUAAGGGUUUAUACAUGUUUAUUGCAGUGUAACUACAUGGUCUAAUAAGGGGUUAUACAUGCUUUAUUACAGUGUAACUACAUAGUCUAAUAAGGUGUUAUACAUGCUUUAUUGCAGUGUAACUACAUGGUCUAAUAAAAUAAAAGGGGUUAUACAUGUUUAUUACAUGGUAACUACAUAGUCUAAUAAGUUGUUAUACAUUAUUUAUUACAGUGUACCUACAUAGUCUAAUAAGGGGUUAUACAUUGUUAUUACAGUUUAACUACAUAGUCUAAUAAGGGGUUAUACAUGUUUAUUGCACUGUAACUACAUGGUCUAAUAAGGGGUUAUACAUGCUUUAUUACAGUGUAACUACAUAGUCUAAUAAGGUGUUAUACAUGCUUUAUUACAGUGUAACUACAUAGUCUAAUAAGGGGUUAUACAUGUUUAAUACAGUGUAACUACAUAGUCUAAGGGAUUAUGUGUGCUUUAUUACAGUGUAACUACAUAGUCUAAUAAGGUGUUAUACAUUCUUUAUUACAGUGUACCUACAUAGUCUAAUAAGGGGUUAUACAUAUUUAAUACGGUGUAACUACAUGGUCUAAUAAGGGGUUAUACAUGCUUUAUUACAGUGUAACUACAUAGUCUAAUAAGGGGUUAUACAUGUUUUAUUACAGUGUAACUACAUGGUCUAAUAAGGGGUCAUACAUGUUUUAUUACAGUGUAACUACAUGGUCUAAUAUGGGGUUAUACAUGUUUUAUUACAGCGUAACUACCUGGUCUAAUAAGGGGUUAUACAUGUUUUAUUACAGUGUAACUACAUGGUCUAAUAAGGGGUUAUACAUGUUUAAUACAGUGUAACUACACAGUCUAAGGGGUUAUGUGUGCUUUAUUAAAGUGUAACUACAUAGUCUAAGGUGUUAUACAAGCAUUAUUACAGUGUAAUUACAUAGUCUAAUAAGGGGUUAUACAUGUUUAAUACAGUGUAACUACAUAUUCUAAUAAGGGGUUAUGUGUGCUUUAUUACUGUAUAACUAUAUAGUCUAAUAACGGGUUAUACAUGCUUUAUUACAGUGUAACUACAUAGUCUAAUAAUGGGUUAUGCAUGCUUUAUUAGAGUGUAACUACAUAGUCUAAAAAGUAGUUAUAAAUGUUUUAUUACAGUGUAAUUACGUAGUCUAAUAAGGGGUUAUACAUGUUUUAUUACAGUGUAACUACAUGGUGUAAUAAGGUGUUAUACAUGUUUUAUUACAGUGUAACUACAUGGUCUAAUAAGGUGUUAUACAUGCUUUAUUACAGUGUAACUACAAGGUCUAAUAAGGGGUUAUACAUGGUUUAUUACAGUGUAACUACAUGGUCUAAUAAGGGGUUAUACAUGGUUUAUUACAGUGUAACUACAUGGUCUAAUAAGGGGUUAUGUGCUUUAUUACAGUUUAACUACAUAGUCUAAUAAGGUGUUGUGUGCUUUAUUACAGUGUAACUACAUAGUCUAAUAAUGGGUUAUGCAUGCUUUAUUAGAGUGUAACUACAUAGUCUAAAAAGUAGUUAUAAAUGUUUUAUUACAGUGUAAUUACGUAGUCUAAUAAGGGGUUAUCCAUGUUUAAUACAGUGUAACUACAUAGUCUAAUAAGGGGUUAUGUGUGCUUUAUUACAGUCUAACUAUAUAGUCUAAUAAGGGGUUAUACAUGUUUUAUUGCAUUGUAUCUACAAGGUCUAAUAAGGGGUUAUACAUGGUUUAUUACAGUGUAACUACAUGGUCUAAUAAGGGGUUAUACAUGGUUUAUUACAGUGUAACUACAUGGUCUAAUAAGGGGUUAUGUGCUUUAUUACAGUUUAACUACAUAGUCUAAUAAGGUGUUGUGUGCUUUAUUACAGUGUAACUACAUAGUCUAAAAGGGGGUUAUACAUGCUUUAUUACAGUGUAUCUACAUAGUCUAAGGAGUUAUACAUGUUUUAUUACAGUGUAACUACAUGGUCUAAUAUGGGGUUGUGUGUGCUUUAUUACAGUGUAACUUCAUAGUCUAAAAGGGGGUUAUACAUGUUUUAUUACAGUGCAACUACAUGGUCUAAUAAAGGGUUAUACAUGUUUUAUUACAGUGCAACUACAUGGUCUAAUAAGGGGUUAUACAUGUUUUAUUACAGUGUAACUACAUGGUCUAAUAUGGGGUUAUACAUGUUUUAUUGCAGUGUAACUACAUGGUCUAAUAUGGGGUUAUACAUGUUUUAUUGCAGUGUAACUACAUGGUCUAAUAAGGGGUUAUACAUGCUUUAUUACAGUGUAACUACAUGGUCUAAUAACGGGUUGUGUGUGCUUUAUUACAGUGUAACUACAUAGUCCCGUGUCUAAUAGUCAUCGUCAUCUUCCUGUGCUUCCAACAAAAAGCCUACGUGUCCCUUCCUAACCUACCAGCUUUGAUUCUGCUACUGGUAAUGUAUGGGUAAGUAGCACCAAAAUUAUAUCCAUAUGUUUAUGUGCUGACUUACCCAGUUCAAAUAAGUGUUCUAUGGAGUUGUACUAUGGAUGUAAUGUUCAUAUGGAGCAAGAAGUUUGAAAUGUUUGUAUUGCGGUACGAAAAGUUGAAAUUGACUUAUUAGAUCCUUGUUAUGCCCACAUAGUGCACAGUCAGCGAACAUCUCAUGCACUCUACAAAUAAUAUUUGAGUGUUGUUCAACUUCAAAUUGACCCGUUUUCCAUAUAGUAUGCCACAGUCAAUACAGUCCAGUGAGCUCCAAAAGUAUUGGGACAGUGACACAUUUGUUGUUGUUUUGGCUCUGUACUCCAGCACUUUGGAUUUGAAAUGAUACAAUGACUAUGAGGUUAAGGUGCAGACUGUGUCCUUCACGUCUGUAUACCCCUCUUCAUGUAUCUCCCCCUGUCUCAUUUAGUACUGUGCUGUUUAAAUAGUAAAGUAUGAAAGAUGAUGCUAUUCACUUAACCGUCUGUGUUUUCAGGUGGUCUAUCACACCCAUGAUGUACCCAGCCUCGUUUAUCUUCAGCGUCCCCAGCACGGCCUACGUGGUGCUGACCUGCAUCAACCUCUUCAUCGGCAUCAAUGGGAGCGUGGCCACCUUCGUCAUGGAGCUGUUCGCUGAUGAUGUAGGUGAUGCGUGUUGCCUCUUUCCUAAAUCUUCAUGUGUACGGUGUCCAUAUUAG